GCCAUGUUGAGGGGUCGCGGCUCCUCUUAUCCCCCUGGAUGUGAUGAGGAGGAGGAGGAGUCUGGAGCGGCCGGUGCGGGCUGAGUCUCCACACAUCGGAGCGGGGAGGGGGUGUCCGGAGAUGGGGACAGGGGCUGAGGAGACGGGGCUGCGGGCGCUGGAGACAUCGGGGAGGAGGCGGAGGAUGCUGAGAGAUGUCACCGCGGGGCACACGCGUCUCCUGUAGCCGUCCCUCCACAUCUACAUAGCUGCACAGGAAGGAGGAGGACACCGGCUGCAGCCGCACAUCCAGCCCGGUCCGCGGGGGGCACCGCCGGCCACUGCGCCUCUUUGUGAUCGGAGCCGCCUCUCUGGAGAUGGGCGCACAGACUGAGGGGGUCCCCGGAGAGGAGCCCGGGCCAUUAGCGCCCACCCCCCACUGCUUGUAAGACUGAGGAUCCGCCGCCUGGGACCCACUCUGUGCAAUGGGAUGAAGAUGAGGUGGCACAAGAUGUUCUUGCUCCUUUGCAUGGCUGGACUGUGUGUAAUCUCAGUUCUCCACUUUCUGAAAGCCCUGUCUUAUGUUUCAUUGUCAAAGGACUUGGUCUCUCUUAGUCCUAAUUUCAUUUCUGGCUUCUUUUGGGAAUCCCGGCCUUUGAUAUUUCAACACCUAGAAAGGACAGAUGAUGGUACCCAGGUUCUACGCACCCCUGGCUACUAUCGACCUCCGGAGGCUGCUGUUCAGCAACCCAGGCCGCCACCUUCAGGACAUGGUCCAGGCAUUAGCACAGAUGAAUUGCACCUGAAGGAAUUUGUUUUGCAGGAAGAUACAGCAGAGUAUUUUGUGAGAACUAAGUCUGGCGGUGUAUGUUUUAAACCAGGAACAAAGUCACUAGACCGCCUGCCUUCUGAGAAGCCAGAACGGUCCUUGCCACGUAAAGUAUCACCAAUCAUUUCUCGACAGCCACAGCAGCCAACACAGAAACGGAGGAAAUGGGUGGAAUGUGUUUGCUUACCUGGCUGGCAUGGACCUAGUUGUGGGGUGCCAACAGUUGUUCAACACUCCAAUCUCCCCACUAAGGAUAGACUAACACCACGGCUGAAACCACGCCGUGUUAUCAAUGCCAUCAAUAUAAAUCAUGAGUUUGAUCUUUUGGAAGCACGAUUUCGGGAACUGGAGGGGGCUGUAGAUGUUUUCUUAAUAUGUGAAUCAAACUUCACAGCAUAUGGUGAGGCACGUGCUCUCUUAUUUCGCCAAAUGCUUCUUAAUGGAACUUUUGAGUACAUUAAAUCCAAAGUAGUCUAUGUGUUCCUGGAUCAUUUCCCUGAAGGUGGGAAACAAGAUGGUUGGAUAGCAGAUGACUAUCUACGGACAUUUUUGACUCGCAAUGGGAUUGGUCGUCUGCGCAACCUGCGAGAUGAUGACCUUUUCAUUAUAGAUGAUGCAGAUGAGAUCCCCAGUAGGGAGGGUGUGCUCUUUCUUAAGCUUUAUGAUGGGUGGACGGAGCCCAUUGCUUUUCAUAUGCGCAAGUCACUCUAUGGCUUCUUUUGGAAGCAGCCAGGGACCUUGGAGGUGAUUUCUGGUUGCACUAUUGGAAUGCUUCGAACUGUAUAUGGCACAGACGGUAUCCGCCUGCGCCGACGGGAGUAUUACACUAUGCCCAACUUCCGUCAGUAUGAAAAUAAAACUGGGCACAUUUUAGUUCAGUGGUCUUUGGGGAGCCCUUUACACUUUGCUGGUUGGCACUGUUCCUGGUGCUUCCCUCCAGAAGGAAUCCAUUUUAAGCUCAUCUCUGCACAAAAUGGGGAUUUUCCAAGAUGGGGUGACUAUGAAGACAAAAGAGACUUAAACUACAUCAGAUGGCUUAUAAAGACUGGGGGAUGGUUUGAUGGAACCAAGCAAGAGUAUCCUGCGGCCGACCCCCAUGAGCACAUGUAUGCCCCUAAAUAUAUCAUGGAAAACCUCCAACGAUUUGGAUACUUAGUUAAAAACCCCUAUAGCUGAGGUGAAUGCUAAGGGAAGUAAUGACGGAAAUGGUACAAGUAACUUCAGCGCUUGAACUCUUUAUUUACAGUUUGUUUUUGCUUGUUCAUUUUCUCCCUUGUGGAUCCACUGGAAAUUAGAUUUGCCACUAACCAAAGGGAUUUGUGAAGAAAAACCCAAUGUAACUAUAGUUUGCUCGGUAGAAUGGGUGAUGCCCUCUUUGGGUUGUUGCUAAGGGAAUUGGUUACUCAGGAGAUUGAUGGUGGCGAGGGUCUCCCACCAAGUGGUAUUCGAAAGAAAUACUUCAUCCUAUUCUACGUCAGUUCAACUGUUUAUGCAACAUUGCGUGUUUACAUGUCUUUCCAAUUAUCUUUUUUUUUUCCGUAGGGAAUAAGCAAUGCUUUGCUCACCCCUGAUCAUGCUGCAUAUGUUACUUGAGUAUGACUAUGCACUUCCAGGUCCAUAUGCAUGCCAACAUGCUUCAAGGGGAAAAAAAUGGGUUAUAACCGAUUAACCCUAAGUAGCAUGUACGUGGAAAUCCAUCGUGAUACUCUCCUGCCACAUGAUCACUUCUUUUGGAUGGUGAAAUGUGUUAUAUUGCUAUAACUUCAUUAGCAUUAGUGCCAAUUGUAGAGCCUGAAAGGAUGGCAUAAGGAUGGUAAGGUAAUGAAGGUAUAAUGCACUUUUUUUGGGGGGUGUGGUUCGUCUUUUUUUGCGUUUAUAGUUAACUUGGCAAUUUUGAGUUGCAAAUAAUAAUUCUGCCAAAUGUUUAACUGAGUGUAUAUUGUGCACAGAGCUUGGUCACCUUCUAAUAGGCAGAGUUCAUGUGGGAUCAUUGGGAAGAAAAAGAUUAACUUUUUUUUCAGGUUGAGUUCUGCCUUCUAUCAAUUCUGCUCUUCAUUUACCUAAGGUUUCUGGAGAUCUAGAGUACUAUUCUCUGAUGACAUCACAAGUUCAGCAUGACAUCACACUUGUGUUUGUUUAAGGGAACCUGUCUACUCUUUCAUGCUGCUCAAACUACAAGUCAUCAAGGUAGUUGCCAAUGGCUUCUUCAUGCCACACCAGCCAUUGAUAGGUCUCCCCCUGUACCCAAAAAGGGUAGGCUAGGUUAGGCAGGCUAAAACCACCGGGAGCCACACAGAUGGCUUGUGGUUCAGGCAGCAUGAAAGUGAGGACUGGUUCCCUUAAAAAAAACUAACCGAAAUGUUUUUUUCAUGUAAACCUCAUCAUGAAGAGCCUGAACAGAUGAUCCUAAUAAAUGUGAUAGCAGUCAGAAUAAGCACACCAAGCACUACUGAAAUGUGUCUCUAAAGGCUUGGCACUUUCUCAGAAAUAAAUAUGAACUAAUGGAAGCCUUUUAGGUAGAGUAUCCAUAGGGAUGAAAUAAAGAGAAUAUAUUAUAUAUUAUACCCAAAUAAAGGGAUUUUUUUUUAUUUGCACGGUUUGGGUUAGUAAAAGGGAUUUACCGUAAUAAUUUGCUCAUAUUGGAGUGUUGGGCUCAUAGAUUUUUGGUUCACCAGUUGUGAAUCCAUUGCUGCACUGUAGAAGCCACAACACAGAGAAGACCUGAUUCACUCUUAAUCCAAAAGUGCUUUGUACGAGGCUCCCCAUUUUCGGUGUUGUCAUGAUAUGUGGUGUGGGCAUUAUUGAUGGUGUAAUUGACUACUAUGUACACUACUAAGUGGAUAUAUCAUAUAGUAAAGGAUAUAACCAUCUAGCUUGGCAUUAAGGGUUUCAUCUUGCCUUUUCUUCUUAUCUACCUCCCUGGUUCCGUUUUGCGUUAUAUGUAUUGAAAAUUCGGUUUUCAAAACUUUUUGAAUCCAUUUAUUAAAUAUGUAGAUUCCUGUAUUAUACAUUCCUGUGUUCAUCAGCAAGAUGUCAGUGGCAUUUAUGAUCACUUCAACGUCAGACAGGUCUUCUCAGAUUACUCUACCUGACUGGGUUGUAGACCAAAGGUGUCCAUACACAUAAGAGCAGUGAUAGCCAAUCCAACAAUUUCGUCAGGACCGGUUGACAAUCUUGGUCUUGGUUUGGUGGGUGGGGGCUAACUUUUCCCAAUGAUGUCUGGGUAAUGGGAUUGGGCAAGUUAACUUUCAACACCAGAGUCUGGCUCCAUUGAGCUUGAACCAAGCAUGCAUGUGUAUGAGGAGGACCGGUGGAAUAGCUGUUGAGCAUUUAGCCAAUAGCUAAUGUAUGGCCAACUUUAGACACUAGUCAUACAAUAAACGGUGUAUAGAAUUUGCAGGCUACUGCUCUGGUUAGGAGAGGAACUGUGUCCAAGAAACCAUCCAUCUCAAUAUCAUCCGAUGAGAAUUUAUUAGCUGUUAGGGCAUCCUGUCUCAGUCCAAUCAGAUUUAUAAUUUCUAGUACCGUUUAGGAGAUGAAAGAUGAACUAUGGUACUUGACUAGGACACUUCUACAUUUUUGCUUUUCUUCACUACAAUGUUCAUAGUUUUUCCGUGUUUAAAGAGAACAUUUCACCACUUGCAUGCUGUCCGAACAAUGAAUCAUCAGGCCCCGAACAAUGAGUCAUUUCAGCCCUCCAGCCUUAAUUGAUAGAUUUCUCCCUCUUUGGGUAUAGGGAGAGAUCUGUCACUCAAGGCUGGCAGGGCAGGCAGAAACCACUGGGGAGCACCCUGAUGACUUGUUCAGGCAGCAUGAAGACAGGUGAUGACAAGUCCCCUUUAAACCUAACUGGCCAAUUAUAUGUGUAAAUGUAUAGUCUCACAUCCUAAAUGGCACCAGUGGUGCACAGCAUUUUUCGGUAAUUUUUGGCAGAACGGCUUUUACACAUUGAGAACCAGUGUUUCACUAAUACAAACUGUGCAGCCAAAAAGCAUGCUACGCUGCUGGUGUCACUUGACAUGUGAGAAUACACCCAAUUCUUAACAGAGCACUUUCUUUAGUGAAACUAUUUCUAUACACCACCAUAUGUGAUCAUAAACGUGAUGGGCAUUUUUUCGCCCUAUGAUCAAAAAAACUGACACACAUUCAUGAGACCACACAAAUAUUUUUCUAUCAACCAUUUCAUGUUACCAUUAAAAUUUAUUAUGUUGAAGAUAACUGAAAACUUAAACUGUGACCACUGUGAGUAUACGUACACCACUAUGGGUAUAUAGCUCCAUAUAUGAGACCAGUGCGAUGCUGCAGUUAGUGCAUAGGUACAUGCUGUCUAGUUGCAGUGCCUGUGCCCCCUCUAAUAUAAAUGCCUGCACUUCAUUGAGUUUCAUGUAAGGGGUAUCUGCUACAGAAAUGGUGACAUGUCUAUCAUUGGUCCACGUCUGGUAUUGCAGUACAGCUGUAAUACCAGGCAAGGCCAUGGACAGAUAUGGCACUGUUUUUUGAAAGACUGUUCUGAUCCCGAACAAACCCUUUAAUAUUAUUUUGAGAAUAAAUGUCAUUGUUGCUCAUACCAAACAGAGUCUGGUUUUAUUUAUCUGGUGGACUCCAUUGUCAUUGGUUUUGUCAGGCUAUGUUGGUGUCCAUCGUGUGAUGUAUCUGGCACACCAACAGAUUUUGUUAUGAGAAUAUAACUAAACACUGCCCUAGAUUGACAAAAACUGUCUACUUGUUAGUGCAAACUUAGACAGUCUUCAAAUUCGUCAGACUAAUACAUCUCCCUGAAUAAUAAAUCUGGCUUAUCUGAGGACUGUCUAGUCUAAGUUAAAUCCAACUUGUUGGCUGACUUAAAACUAAAGCUUGUGCCAACAUUUUACUAAAUUUGGCCAUGCCUCUUUUGUUGAACCAGUGUCUAAAACUGAUAAUAAAUGUGGUGUAAGAUUAUAUAUAUAUAUAUAUAUAUAUAUAUAUAUAUA